CCGUUGUGGAGCCGCCAUGGGCCGCCGACCCGCUCGCUGCUACCGCUACUGCAAGAACAAGCCGUACCCCAAGUCCCGCUUCUGCCGCGGGGUCCCGGAUGCCAAGAUCCGCAUCUUUGACCUGGGGCGCAAGAAGGCGAAGGUGGACGAGUUCCCGCUCUGCGGCCACAUGGUGUCCGAUGAGUACGAGCAGCUCUCCUCCGAAGCCCUGGAGGCCGCGCGCAUCUGCGCCAACAAGUACAUGGUGAAAAGCUGCGGGAAGGACGGCUUUCACAUCCGCGUGCGGCUGCACCCCUUCCACGUCAUCCGCAUCAACAAGAUGCUGUCCUGUGCCGGCGCCGACCGGCUGCAGACGGGCAUGCGGGGCGCGUUCGGGAAGCCCCAGGGCACGGUGGCCCGCGUGCACAUCGGCCAGGUCAUCAUGUCCAUCCGCACCAAGGCGCACAACAAGGAGCACGUGGUGGAAGCCCUGCGCAGGGCCAAGUUCAAGUUCCCGGGCCGCCAGAAGAUCCACAUCUCCAAGAAGUGGGGCUUCACCAAGUUUAACGCAGAUGAAUUUGAAGACAAAGUGGCCAGGAAGCGCCUCAUCCCUGACGGCUGUGGAGUCAAGUACGUCCCCAGUCGCGGCCCGCUGGACAAGUGGCGCGCUCUGCACUCCUGAGGACUGGGACAGCUCCGCCCUCUGGCCAUGCUGGUCUGCCUGACGUCAGCUUAUCAUUAAAAU